GUUUGUUUGGAUUACCACAGCGGCGCCAUGAACGGGGUCCUGCCGAGCAUGACGUGGGGCACGUGGAUCGACGAAGGCGAAGCGCUGGCUGCCACGUCAUCAGGUCCAGCGCCAGUGCCCACGUCCAAGAAGCAGAAGCGGCGCCUCGAGCGGGGCAUCUCGACCGCGAAUGAGGCCAGUUGGUUCGAAGAGGUCUUGGCGCAGGUCGAGGCGGCGGACAACGACCUCCACGCUCGCUACUACCGUAACCCGAUCCUGGACACGGCAACGGCGACGAUUCCGUGGACCGAGCUACCGUCCGGCAUUCAUCCCAAAGACGGACACUUGCCGCCGCAACGCAUUCAGAACAAGCGCCACCAAGUCGAGAACCUCGCCAUCUUUCUGCAGUCCAUCUUGCGAGACGGCGACGUCGUAGUCGAGUUUUGCGCCGGCUCGGGCUACGUGGCGCUGCCGCUCGCGUGUCAAUUCCCCACCUGCCACUUUGUGCUCCUCGAUAUGAAGCAGCCGUCGCUCGAUAUUGCGAGCGAACGCAUUGCGCUCGCCGGUCUCUCCAACGUGAGCAUCUUUUGUGGCCGCGUUGAAGAGUAUAACGACCCGUUUGACGUUGGCAUUGCCCUCCACGCGUGUGGCGAGGCAACAGACAUGGUCCUGGACAAGUGCCUCAAGGCAGACGCAGCGUACGUGCUCGCGCCGUGUUGUGUCGGCAAGAUCAAGCAUUCGCUCUUGGAGUAUCCUCGGUCCAAGGCCCUUCAAGCGGCCGUGACCCGCACCGAGUACGAGAUUCUGGCCAAGGCCGCCGACUUUGGCCACAAUGGACACAGCUCGAUGGCGAUGAACGCAGCCAACAUCAAUCGACGCCGAUGCAAGAGCGUGCUCGAAACCGACCGCAAUCUGCGAGCGGUCCAGAACUGCGGGUACGCGGCGGCCAUGUACAUCAUGCACCCGUUCGACGCGACGCCCAAGAACGACAUUCUCGUCGGCCUUCCCCGGCACCGCGACCCGGCACAGCUCCCACAAGCCGACCUCUUGACGCCGGAGGAGGUUCAUUUGGCGCUCUAUGGCCGGAGUACCGACGACCACGUGCAGUAAACCGUGCGGGCACGGUAACCGCCACCUGCUUUCAAAUCUACCGUGAAAACGCGUCCGCACGGUAAAUGCACGGUAAUAGAGACACGAUAGCAAGGGUCCGCGCCCCGCG